GUGAAAUUCAGCGAGUCAUUCUCACUGCAAGGAGAAAUGGCGCAAGCAGGAGUUCAGUUGUAUCGGGAAAAGUUCUCCUGUUCCAUCUGUUUGGAUCUACUGAAGGAUCCGGUGACUACAUCCUGUGGACACAGCUACUGCAUGAGCUGUAUUAAAGACCACUGGGAUGUAGAGGACCAGAAGGGAAUCCACAGCUGUCCUCAGUGCAGGAAGACUUUCAAUCGCAGACCUGACCUCCAGAAAAACACCCUGUUAGCAGAGUUAGUGGAGGACCUGAAGAAGACUGGACUCCGACAUGCUCCGGCCGACCACUGUUAUGCUGGACCUGGAGAUGUGGCCUGCGAUGUCUGCACUGGGAGGAAGAUGAAAGCUGUCAAGUCCUGUUUAUCCUGUUUGGCCUCCUACUGCCUGAGAGACCUCCAACCUCACUAUGAUGCUCCGCCUUUGAAGAAGCAUAAACUGAUCCCCCCGACGAAGAGGCUCCAGGAGAACCUCUGCAGUCGUCAUGACGAGGUGAUGAAGAUCUUCUGUCGUACUGAUCAGCAGUCCAUCUGUUACCUCUGCACUAUGGAUGAACAUAAAGGCCAUGAAACAGUGCCAGCUGCAGUAGAAAGGACUGGAAAGCAGAAGAAGCUCCAGGUGAGGCGACAACAAAUCCAGCAGAGAAUCCAGAACAGUGAGGAAGACAUGAAGCUGCUUCAACAGGAAGUGGAAGUCAUCAAUGUCUCUGCUGAUAAAACAGUGGAGGACAGUGAGAAGAUCUUCACUGAGCUGAUCCGUCUCCUCCAGAAAAGAAGCUCUGAGGUGAAGCAGCGGAUCAGAUCCCAGCAGGAAACUGAAGUGAAUGGAGUCAAAGAUGUUCAGGAGAAGCUGGAGCAGGAGAUCACUGAGCUGAAGAGGAAAGACGCUGAGCUGGAGCAGCUCUCACACACACAGGAUCACAACCAGUUUCUCCUCAACUACCCCUCACUGCCAGCACUCAGCGAUUCUACACACUCAUCCAGCAUCGACAUCCGUCCUCUGAGACACUUUGAGGACGUGACAGCAGCUGUGUCAGAGCUCAGAGAUAAGCUACAGGACAACCUGAGGGACAUGUGGACGAAUGUCCCACUGACAGUCCCCCUGCUGGAUGUUCUCCUGUCAGAACCAGAACCUAAGACCAGGAAUGACUUCUUGAAAUAUUCAAAAAGAAUCACUCUGGACCCAAACACAGCAAACAACUUUCUGUUGUUAUCUGAGGGAAACAAGAAAGUGACUCUAGUGGAGGAAGACCAGUUUUAUUUUGAUCAUCCAGACAGAUUCACCAACUGCACUCAGAUCCUCAGCAGAGAGAGUCUGACUGGGCGCUGUUACUGGGAGGUGGAGUGGAGCGGGACGGAAGUCGAUUUAGCAGUUUCAUACAAGAGCAUCAGCAGGUCGGAAGGUGACUGCGAUUUUCGAAACACUGACAAAUCUUGGACAUUAUAUUGUCACAAGCAAAUCUACAUGUUUUUUCACAACAGAGUAGAAACUCGAGUGUCAGUUCCGGUUUCGUCCAGAGUAGGAGUGUACGUGGAUCACAGAGCCGGUGUUCUGUCUUUCUACCGCGUCUCUGGAACCAUGACUCUCCUCCACAGAGUCCAGACCUGCUUCACUGAGCCGCUGCAUGCUGGAGUUGGGUUUUAUAGUUAUGGAGACUCUGCUAACUUUAUUGAAGUGUAACAGACAGAAGUGAUCAGAGCUCCAGCUGGUUACAAUGUGUUUUUUAUUAUUAUUAUUAUUAUUAUUAUUACUAUUAUUAUUAUUAUUAUUAUUAUAUUAUUAUUAUAUUAUUAUCAUUAACAAUAAUAAUAUAAUAAUAAUAAUAAUAAUACUUUGUUGAUCCCCUAAUCUCUAGUCUCCAUCAUUGUUGCUAAGCGCUCACUUCUUUGGUCAUUUCCUCUCUGCUCAGAGAUCAGUUGUCUUUAAGGAGCUACUUUGUCUUCUUCUGUUUUGUUGAUGUUGGGUUUAGUUUGAGUCAAAGUUAAGUCGGACAUUGAGGUUUGUUUCAGUGUGAACAAGAAUGAAAUUUCAGUUGAUGUUUUGUUUUGUUUUAUUUUAUUCUUUUUGAUUACUUUAAGUACAUCUUAAAGUUUGCAUGUUGUUUCUUAUUGUUUGUUUCCCUAUAGCCGAUUUAACAGUGAUUUUAGCCUUUUUGGUAUUAUAUUCAUGUGAUGCUGAUUUUUGCUUUAUUGACUUUAGCCGUUUCUGCUACAUUGUGGAGGCUGUAUCUUCAGCAAAGCAUGUAUUUGUCUUUUCUUGAUCAUUGAUAAUGCUGUACAAAUAAAAUAUUUAAUGGUUGUGAAAUGUCUAACUAAGAGUUAAGUGAAAUUCACAAUAACAUUUCCCUGUGGGAACAGAGCAGUUCACAGCAGGAGUUCUUACUCAGUAAUCAGGCCUGAGUGCAGUGAGUGAAACUCAACAUAACUUUCCAGAAAAUGUGAUUUAUGACAUGAUUAAACUAGGGAAGGUGUAUGGGAGAAUUGGUGGUUACUUUUCCAUGCAGAGCCAAGUGGGAUUGGAUGUAUUUUUUCCCCUUAAGUGAAAUAGUCAUUUGAAAACUGCAUUUUAUUUAUUUAUUUAUUUUUAUUAUUAUUUAAAUUUGGUUAAUCAUAUGAAGCACUGAAGUGUGUUAAAAAAAAAUCUGAAACUGAGAAAAUCUGUUAGGGAGCAAGUCUUCAGAUCAAAAAUCAAAGUUGUAUUUUAAAUAUGAACUUAAGAAACAAAACAGUAUUUGUUAUUUCUUACUUUAAGAAUUAACAUUUUAUUAUGAAAUCUAGAAUAAGUAAAGAAAAAGAUAACUAAGAUGAAUUGAAACCAAAUUCAAAAUGCAAUUAAAAACAAAAAGACUAUAUAAUUAAAAUAAUUUGAUUAAAAACACAACAAAGCUACUGAAAUAUGAUUCAGCUUAAACAAGAAUAAGAUUUUAGUUUGUCCUAAAAUGUCGAUUCAAAUGUGUGGGAUUUUUUUUUUUACUGUAUAGAUACUAAUAACGCCCAUCGGCUUUUCUGAGAAUACAUGAGGACUCAGAAUCACUAGUUUAAAUUAAUGGCGUCUUUGGGACGCCAGGGGGCGAUGUGGGGCGCUCAAAUCAUGGCGCAUGUGGCGUUUUCUAGUUGGCUGCGGCUGCAAAUAGAUCUUUCUCUAUCUACUACGGGCUUUGGUGAAGUUUAUUACCCACAAAUCCUCGCUACAUUAAAAAGUGGAAAUAUGGCAAUGUUUUUUUUCUCUUUAUUGAAAAUUUAAGGAAAAUGAUUUAAAAAGGCACACAUCAGUAACAUAAAAGGUACAUUUGGCAUGAUAAACUGAGCAGAAAAAAAGAAUAAGUAAAAAAAGAGAAUAAUCACAAACUAACAGUGUGAAAAAGGCAGAACAGAAAAUGUUACAAAUGCAAGAGAAAUUUUAAAACUUAAAUUAAGCUUUUGAGAUAUUGGUAUUAAAUCACUGUCAUUUAUUUUUUUUAAAAAAGGUGAUUCUUUUGGAGUAAUAGCUGCAUUUCUUUAAUUAGCUGAAGCAAAGCAGGAGAAAUUGCCUUUAGGACUGUUAAAUUAAAUUUUAGUGCAUUUUUUAAUAAAAUUAUCAGGUGAUAAAAAGUUGCCAUUUUUUAAUUGUGGCAAUGUUCACCAUGGAAGCUGUGUCUGUUGUGAAACAAAUCAGUUUUUCAAUUGCAAAGUAUUGAAAUAAUUUCCUUGUUUCCUUCUACUGUACAUGUGUGAAUAGUAUUGAAUUUUGCUCCAUAUUUAACAAGUGAUAAAUAAAAAAACACAUUUGAACAACCAAAUAUCUCCUGCAAUCACUUGGGAAAACAAAAAUACCUGUAAUGUACAUUUAAGAAUGUUUGCUUGUUGUAGUAUGGCCAUUUUAGCACCACCAACGCCUAAACAGCAACAAACAACCUGUGUUUGUUUUCAUCUGCAU